UCGACAUGUCCCGCGGCCGCGACGAGGUCCGCCAAGCCAUCCUCGACUCUGGCAAGGAGUACGGCUUCAUCCAGGUGGUCAACCAUGGCAUCUCCGAGCCGAUGCUGCAUGAAAUGUACGCGGUGUGCCAUGAGUUCUUCGAUAUGCCUGCGGAGGACAAGGCGGAGUUCUUCUCUGAAGACAGAAGCGAACGCAACAAGCUCUUCUGCGGCUCCGCCUUCGAGACCCUAGGCGAGAAGUACUGGAUUGACGUCCUCGAACUCCUCUACCCCUUGCCUUCGGGCGACACCAAGGACUGGCCCCACAAGCCACAGAUGCUCCGGGAGGUUGUUGGGAACUACACCUCGUUGGCAAGAGGCGUGGCCAUGGAGAUCCUGCGGCUGCUGUGCGAGGGACUGGGACUCUGGCCAGACUUCUUUGUCGGGGACAUCAGCGGAGGCCGCGUGGUCGUCGAUAUCAACUACUACCCGCCUAGCCCGAACCCGAGCAGGACGUUGGGCCUGCCGCCACACUGUGACCGGGACCUUAUGACCGUCCUCCUCCCCGGGGCCGUUCCUGGCCUCGAGAUCGCCUACAAGGGCGGCUGGAUCAAGGUCCAGCCCGUGCCAAACUCCUUGGUUAUCAACUUCGGCCUACAGCUCGAGGUCGUGACCAACGGGUAUCUGAAGGCUGUCGAGCACCGCGCGGCCACCAACUUUGCCGAGCCCCGGCUGUCAGUGGCCUCGUUCAUUGUGCCGGCGGACGACUGCGUCGUCGGCCCUGCGGAGGAGUUCGUCAGCGAGGACAACCCGCCACGCUACCGCACCCUAACCGUCGGCGAGUUCAAGCGCAAGCACAACGUUGUCAAUCUGGAUUCCUCAAUCAAUCAGAUCAUUAACAUCAAUAACAACCAGAAGGGAAUAUGAAGCAGAACCAGGAGAAAGAGGAUUUGCAUCACUUCCUCGAUCGUUCGAGAAAGGCCAAGUGAUGCCAAGUUUUAUUCUAAUGUCUCUCAAGUCG